UUAGGACUUGUUUAUUAGUGUUGCUGGAUAAAAGCGACUGUAAACUGCAGCACUUAAACCGCUCAUUCCUGUUCAAAAUGAUUGAAGAGCUGGCCAAAGCAUCUGUCAGGAUGAGAGACAGAGGACGAGUGGAUAAAAUAAUUCAGAACAUGCAAACGGCAGGACCGAGUGAACUUCAGGUGAUCUCGGACUUCGACAUGACCCUCACCAGGUUCGCUCACAACGGGAAACGCUGCCCCACCACACACAAUAUUCUUCACAGCAGCUCGUUGAUUAGUGAAGACUGCAAGGCCAAGAUGUCGGGUUUGUUAGCUCAUUAUUACCCCAUAGAGAUCGACGAGUCCAAAUCUGUGGAGGAGAAAGUUCCUUACAUGGUGGAAUGGUGGACAAAAGCUCAUGAUUUUAUAGUGCAGGAGAAAAUCAGAAAAGAUCAGCUGGCUCAGGCUGUGAAGGACUCGGGGGCCAUGUUGAGGGAGGGCUGUAAGAGCUUCUUUGACAUGCUGAAUCAAACCUCAGUUCCUCUGCUGAUCUUCUCAGCUGGAGUCGGGGACAUUUUGGAGGAAGUGAUCCGGCAUCAUGAAGUCUUCCACCCAAACGUACGUGUCUUCUCCAACUACAUGGACUUUGACGAGAAUGGUGUUGUCCACGCCUUUAAGGGUGACAUGAUUCAUACCUUUAAUAAAAGAGAGGGGGCGCUGCUGAACCGAGACCAGUUCGCCCAGCUCGCUCGCAGCAACGUCCUGCUGCUGGGAGAUUCACUGGGAGAUCUGAACAUGGCCGACGGAGUUCAGAACAUCCAGAACAUCCUGCGCAUCGGCUACCUCAACGACAAGGUGGAUGAAAGGAGGGAAUCAUACGUCCAGUCUUACGACAUUGUCCUGGAGAAAGACGAAACCCUGAACGUUCCAAACGCCAUCCUGAAGUACAUCACCGCAGGAAAAUAGGACCUCCUCAGACUGAUCUCGACCAAUGAGGAACUGGUAUUAAUGUAAAUGUUUUCCUACAGUUUGUAUGAAAACGAUGCAUUUCAGGCACAGAAUGGAUGACGGACAAAUUGACUGUGUUUAUUUUAACAUGAACGUUUAUACGAGCAACAUUUUACCCACAAAUAAUGUACGGUUUAGUUUUAUUGUAAGAUUUGUGAAAUUAAAAAAAAUUUAAAAAAAAAAAGGUAAUUGCUCAGGUGAGCUCUUCUGGGAUCAUUAUCGGCCAGUAGGGGACGUUGGGAGGUGGUAAACCAGACCCAGUUGAUGAAAAUAAAAACGUACUAUGUUCUACUGUAACAUAUAACAUUGUUAUUUCCUAAUAAUUUGGACUACUUUAUUUUUUAGCUACACACAAUUCCCCUUUUUGUUAAAAAUUUUUUGCAGAGGCCUCAAAAUGUGCAGCUCGGUUCAUUGUGACCUGUACAGGGUCGAUUAUUUUCUCAUUAUUAUUUUUUCAUUAUUUACUUUGUUGUGUUAAUAAACAGGAGCAGAAAUAUGAAGUAAGAUCUAAAUUCACCUCAUUAGACUCAGUAGGACAUUUUACACCCUAGUAAGGACCAGGUCAGGUUUUAUUCUGGGUUUUUAAAGAAUAACUGUUCAAAUCGUUUGUCAUUGUUGUAGUUUUUAAACUCGACUCGAUGCCCUUUAGUGUCCGGUGUUCUGCUGGAAAUAAACACAUUUUCUACAGAAAACAAGUAAAGUUGUUAUAUAAUGUCAAACUCAUUGCUCGGUGGGUAGCACUGUCACCUCCCAGCAAGAAGGUCCCGGGUUUAAUCCCCAGGUGGGGCGGACUGGGUCCUUUCUGUGCGUAGUUUGCAUGUUCUUCCCGUGUCUGUGUGGGUUUCCUCCGGGAGCUCCGGUUUCCUCCCACAGUCCAAACAUGUGCAAGUGAGGUGAAUUGGAGAUACUAAAUUGUCCAUGACUGUGUUUGAUAUUAAACUUGAACUGAUGAAUCUUGUGUGAUGAGUAACUACCGUUCCUGUCAUGAAUGUAACCAAAGUGUAAAUAUGACGUUAAAAUACAUGAUCAGUGUGGUUCUUGUUUAGUUGUUUGAGGUUCUAAACUUGUUUUGUAUGUUUUCAGCUUCGUAUGUGCCCAAGUUUUAUUAAAAAAUCUGAUCUGA